GAAAACCUUUGCUCCUGCACAGUACAAGUUGGAAAUAAAAGGGACUGGUUCAAUGCUAAGCACAGCAUUAUCUGGAUGACUACAUGACUGACAAGAACAUUUGGAUUAUGAGAGAAGAAACUGGGGUGAUCAGUGUCUGGGUGCGGGACCCGCGGAUACGAAAGAACGACUUCUGGCAUGCCUACAUAGACUAUGACAUUUCUUUACAUACCGACAGCGUGUGCUUCACCAAGAAGAACUCCAGUGUGAGAAGGAGGUAUAGUGAGUUUGUAUGGCUCAGGCAGAAGCUACAAGCAAAUUCACAGCUGAUGUUACAGCUACCAGAGCUGCCUCCAAAGAACCCCUUCUUUAGCCUCAACAAUGCCCAACAGAUCACUGAGCGGAUGAAAGGGCUCCAGAAGUUUUUGGAACAGAUCCUGCAGAGUCCUAUGCUGUUGUCCGACAGCUGCCUGCAUCUCUUCCUGCAGUCACAGCUCAGUCCGUCCAAGAUGGAGGCCUGUGCUGCUGGAAGGACACACUACUCUGUGGCCCAGGCGGUCCAGCGCUGUGGCCGGAGGCGAUUCCACUCUGCAGAGGAUCUACAGAAGGACCUCAGCAUGUCCUUUGAUUCUGACUUAGACAGUCCUUGUGUGUGUCAUUCCAGCUCAGAGUGUAGAGAUCCAGAGCUUCAGAUUAAAGAUUUGGCAAUAAACAAAUCCGAGAGUACAGCUUCACUUGACCUUAUGGGAACCAGCCAGGAGGAAACCCUCAGCUGCUCAUAUGGUUCUACAUGAAAACAUCAUCAUUAUAUCAUCGGCCCAAAUGUUUGGACCUGUGAAGAAGAAAUGUGCCUGUUACACUGUCAUACUGCACUUUUGGCUACGUGGUUGCUCCUUAUUAUUUCACAUUUAAAGUCAUAGUCUAUUAUGUUCUCAUUUAAACAUGUACAGUAAAUAGUAAUAAAAAUGUAUAUCCAUAAAGUG